CGCGAGAAGGUGGCUCGUUUGCUGAAACAGCUGCACCUGGCAGCAUGCAUGUGUCCAGCUCAUUCUCACACUUACAGUCAAGGUACUAAAGACAUUGCUUUGGGGAAAACAGACUAUGCCUUUGAGAUGGCUGUUUCCAAUAUCCGAUAUGGAGAGGGAGUUACUAAAGAAGUGGGAAUGGAUUUGCAGAAUUGGGGUGCCAAAAAAGUUUGUGUAAUGACAGAUAAGAAUCUUUGUCAGCUUCCUCCCAUGAGAGCAGUGUUGGAUUCUCUGACAGUCAAUGGUAUAAGCUUCCAAAUCUAUGAUAAUGUAAGAGUGGAGCCCACAGACCAAAGUUUCCUAGAUGCCAUUGAGUUUGCCAAAAGGGGGGAGUUUGAUUCCUAUGUUGCCGUAGGCGGGGGUUCAGUCAUAGAUACUUGUAAAGCUGCUAAUCUCUAUGCAUCAAGUCCAAAAUCAGAUUUCUUAGAUUACGUCAAUGCUCCUAUUGGAAAAAGCAAGCCUGUUACAGUCCACCUCAAACCUCUGAUAGCAGUUCCUACAACAGCUGGAACUGGAAGUGAAACCACUGGAGUUGCUAUUUUUGAUUUCAAAGAACUGAAAGUAAAAACUGGCAUUGCAUCUAGAUCCAUUAAGCCUUCUUUGGGUAUUAUUGACCCAUUACACACUCUCCAUAUGCCAGAGCGGGUGGCAGCUAAUAGUGGGUUUGAUGUGCUUUGCCAUGCUCUUGAAUCCUACACUGCUCUUCCCUACAACCAGCGCAGCCCUUGUCCUUCAAACCCAGUGAACCGGCCAGCUUAUCAAGGAAGCAACCCCAUCAGUGAUGUCUGGGCUGUGCAUGCAUUACGGAUUGUUUCUAAAUACUUAAAGAGAGCCAUAAAGAAUCCAGAAGAUAAAGAAGCAAGAUUUAACAUGCAUCUGGCAAGUGCUUUCGCUGGCAUGGGGUUUGGAAAUGCUGGUGUACAUCUUUGCCAUGGCAUGUCUUAUCCAAUUUCCGGUUUGGUGAAGAAUUAUAAAGCAAAGGAUUAUAAUGUGGAUCAUUCUUUGGUGCCACAUGGUCUUUCAGUCAUCCUCACCUCUCCAGCAGUGUUUACCUUCACAGCACCAAUGUGUCCAGAGCGCCACUUGGAGGCUGCCCAAAUCAUGGGAGCUAACAUCAGUAAUGCCAAGAUGAAGGAUGCUGGGCUUAUUUUGGCAGACAUUCUCCGGGAAUUUUUAUUUGAUCUCAGUGUUGAUGAUGGCUUAGCUGCCCUGGGUUAUUCAAAAAUGGAUAUUCCUGCUUUAGUCAAAGGCACUCUGCCUCAGGAAAGAGUGACUAAAUUAUCCCCUCGCCCUCAAACAGAAGAAGAGCUGUCAGCCCUGUUUGAAGCAUCUAUGAAAUUAUAUUAAUUUGUUUCUGUUUUGCUUUUUGUUUUUUUAACUUUAAGCAGUGUUUUCUCAUUUCAAGGGGCUGGAUCACAACUCAAAAUAUUAUAUGGAGGUUAUAUGUUAAUGUUAUUACUUAUUAAGAGCUGUCACAUUCAUGAUUAUUUUUACACAUGAUUGUAAUUGGAGAUAUUCACUAGUGAUCACUGGAACUAAUUAUUGAUAGUUUUAUCUAAUGAGAACAAUACAGUAAAUAAUUUUCUAGUUUGCCAUUUCAUUAUCUCUACACCAACUGGGUCAAGCAGGGAUACAAGAAUAAAACU